AUGGCCAUCACCAGAAAAUCGCGGGAUCGAUCCGCUGGAUCGAUCAGUGUUACCUUAGUUGUUUUAAUUUCGAUAGUCGCGUGUGGAAUUCCAAGCAGUUCUAGUCCGCUAUCGGGAGUGAAUUCGGUGGGAAUCGAGGAUAACAAGGAUUCAUCGACAAUCGAUGGAUCCCGCGAUACCGAAUCAAUCCCGCUCAAUGGAUACAGCCCGAGACGAAUCGACAAGUCCCCGUUCCGGAGGAGACAGCUUCCCUGGUUCUCCAACUGCCCUCACCCCCGGGGAUUCUCCCUCUCGAACCUCUUCGAGACAGUCAUCGACGUAGUCUCCGACGGUUUCAGUUCCCUCGUGAACAACGUCAUAGGAGCAGAGCCGAAGACCGGAAAAGCUGCGACGAGCAGAGUCAGUUACAAGGGUCACCAAUUACUGCGGAUUCACCCGAUCACUCAACGACAGGUCGACGAGUUGCGUGAGAUGAGGGAUUCUGAAGUUGAGGAGAUCAAGUUCUGGACACAGCCGGCCGAGAACAAGUCAACGGACAUCGUCGUGUCCCCCGAUAUCCUCGACGACGUGCGGGACUACCUGAGGGACAAGAAGAUUGACUUCAAGGUUCUCAUUCCCGAUCUGCAGAAGACCAUCGCCUACCAGAAUCCUAAGAUGUCGAAGGAGCAGAGGGACGACCUUGUCACGGUGCAGGGACACUCCAUGACUUGGAAACGAUACCAUCGAUUCGGCGAAAUAAUGAAAUACCUGGAAUACCUCGCAUUCACCUACCCAACGCUCGUGGAACUCGAGACAAUUGGCCACAGUUUCGAGGGUCAGCCCCUGAAAGUGGUAAAGGUCUCGACAGGACGAGGUAAAUCGGGUGCUGCUAAGCCAGCCGUUUGGAUCGACGCAGGAAUGCACGCCAGAGAGUGGAUAGGCCCGGCAGUGGCGACCUACAUCCUGAGCCAGUUGGUGGAGAAGAACUCGACGUAUGCGAAACUUCUCGACACAACGGACUGGCUGAUUCUUCCACUAGCCAAUCCAGAUGGCUACGAGUACAGCCACACUGGGGACAGAUUGUGGAGGAAAACCCGGAGCAGUCAUGCGGACGAUAACGAGACGAGUCGGUACACACCAGCGAGUCUAUUCCACUUUGUGACGCACUACACGCAGUGGCUGUGGGGCAAGUGCGAGGGCGUCGAUCCCAAUCGCAACUUCGACUAUCACUGGGGCGAGGAUAGGAAUUACAGGCGAGGGGGUGCUAGCAGUGAUCCUUGCCACGAGACCUACGAGGGCCCUCGGGCCUUCUCCGAGCCGGAGACCAAAGCCAUGGCCGAUUACAUCAUGGCUAAUCGUCAUAACAUUAAACUCUACUUGACUCUCCACUCAUACAAUCAGAUGUGGCUGGUGCCCUGGGGCCACACUCACACGAAACCCACGGAUUACGCUGACCUCGCCAAAAUAGCACGAAAAGCUGCGAAAGCUAUUGCCAAGGUACACGGCACUGCGUACAAAGUCGGAUCGUCAGCAGAUUUGCUUUACCCCACGACAGGCGCAUCGGACGAUUGGGCGAAAGGAGUUGCGGGUAUCAAAUACUCAUACACCCUGGAGCUCAGGGAUCGAGGAACUUAUGGGUUUCUGCUGCCAGCCACUCAGAUAAUCCCCACGGCUCGAGAGACCUGGGCUGGGGUCAGAGCCAUCGCUCGCAUGGUCUCCAAUGACACCUGAGAUCGCUAUCCAUUCGUUAAUAACUUUAGGUCAAUUGAUUGAACCGUGGAUAUCCCACCUGGACAUACCUCAUCUCCAAGAAGUGCUCGAUUCGUGAAGAGUCUUAUGUUUGGAUUAUAACGCGCGCGAAAAAAUUUCGGAGAAAAAUGUUGGAAAUUCGAUAGAAAAUUCUGUCGGAUUUCUGGUGAAUUUCUGAUGAAAAUUAUCCUUCACUACACAUUCUUUUUAAAAUAGAAAACAAUAAUAAGAAUUCCUCCUGAUGAAUUUUUCACGUUAUUUUGUAGAGAAAAAUGAAAGGGAAAACUUCUUAUACAUUUUAAGUCUGGGAAUUUGUAUAGAAAAUAUUUCAAUAGAAUAAGUUGUAUAAAAAAUCAGAUGCUGUCGGUGAAAAAACGAUAAAAAGUUCAAUAGAAAUUCAACAGAAAUAGUUUUUCUAUGAAAUUUUUCUCGCUUUUUGGUGCUUUAAGGCAUUUUUGGUGUAAGUGAUUGUAAUCACUGGUAUUUAUU